CCGCUGCUCCACCGCGCCAACGCGCAGGCGCCAAGAGCACCGCGCACAGCCGAGCCGAGGGUGGGGUCACGAACUCUGACCCCCACCCCCAAACACGCAAACCCAGAAAGCUCUCCUGUACCCUUGGCCUCGGCUCCCCUCGCCUUCAGCUCUCUCCAGCCCAGCGGCCGCCGCGGAGAUAUUUUGCCAGUUAGGUCAUGGCGACCAUAGAAGAAAUUGCACAUCAAAUUAUUGAACAACAGAUGGGUGAGAUUGUUACAGAUCAGACUGGGCAGAAAAUCCAACUCGUGACAGCACUUGACCAUGGCACACAGGGAAAGCAGUUCAUUCUAGCAAGUCAUGAGGGCUCCACCCCAGGGAAAGUUUUCCUCACAACUCCAGACGCAGCAGGUGUCAACCAGUUGUUUUUUACAACCCCUGAUCUGUCUGCAUCACACCUCCAGCUCUUAACAGAAAAUUCUCCUGACCAGGGACCAAAUAAAGUUUUUGAUCUUUGUGUAGUAUGUGGAGACAAAGCCUCAGGACGUCAUUAUGGAGCAAUAACUUGUGAAGGCUGCAAAGGUUUUUUUAAAAGAAGCAUCCGAAAAAAUUUAGUAUAUUCGUGUCGAGGAUCAAAAGACUGUAUUAUUAAUAAACACCACCGAAACCGCUGUCAGUACUGCAGGUUACAGCGAUGCAUUGCGUUUGGAAUGAAACAAGACUCUGUUCAGUGUGAAAGAAAACCUAUUGAAAUAUCCCGAGAAAAAUCUUCCAGCUGUGCAGCUUCAACAGAAAAAAUCUACAUCCGAAAAGACCUCCGGAGCCCGCUGACUGCGACACCGACCUUUGUCACAGACAGCGAGACCGCCAGGUCAUCUGGACUGCUGGAUUCAGGAAUGUUUGUGAAUAUUCAUCAUUCUGGAAUAAAAACAGAAUCAGCUAUGCUAAUGACACCAGAUAAGGCCGAAGCGCGUCAGGGAGACCUAAGCACACUGGCCAAUGUGGUCACGUCCUUAGCAAACCUCGGCAAAGCCAAAGACCUUUCUCACAGUAGGAGUGAGAUGCCCGUAGUGGAGAGCUUACGCAACGGUGAUACGUCAUUCUGUGCAUUUCAUCAAGACAUUCAGACCAAUAGUGAUGUUUCAAGGGCCUUUGACACUCUUGCGAAAGCUCUGACCCCUGGGGGAAGCACAGCCUGUCAGAGCUCUGUAGAGGCCAUGGAUGGGAGCGUGCAUCUAAUCACCGGCGAGGCGAGCUGCAUGGAGAAAGAAGGGCCGCUUCUCAGCGAUUCACAUGUAGUCUUCAGGCUCACCAUGCCUUCUCCUGUGCCCGAGUACCUGAAUGUGCACUACAUUGGGGAGUCGGCCUCCAGACUGCUGUUCUUAUCGAUGCAUUGGGCACUUUCCAUCCCUUCUUUCCAGGCACUAGGGCAAGAAAACAGCAUAUCAUUGGUAAAAGCGUACUGGAACGAACUCUUCACCCUUGGUCUUGCCCAGUGCUGGCAAGUGAUGAAUGUAGCAACCAUAUUAGCAACGUUUGUCAAUUGUCUUCACAGUAGCCUCCAGCAAGAUAAAAUGUCAUCGGAGAGGAGAAAGUCGCUGAUGGAGCACAUUUUCAAGUUGCAGGAGUUUUGUAACAGCAUGGUUAAGCUCUGCAUCGAUGGAUAUGAGUACGCCUACCUGAAGGCAAUAGUACUCUUCAGUCCAGAUCACCCAGGCCUGGAGAACAUGGAGCUGAUUGAGAAAUUUCAGGAAAAGGCUUAUGUGGAAUUCCAGGAUUAUAUCACCAGGACGUAUCCAGAUGACACCUACAGGCUGUCUAGAUUACUUCUCAGACUGCCCGCCUUGAGACUGAUGAGCGCCACGAUCACUGAAGAAUUGUUCUUCAAAGGACUCAUCGGAAACGUACGAAUCGACAGCGUCAUCCCACACAUUUUAAAAAUGGAGCCUGCAGAUUACAACUCUCAAAUAAUUGGUCACAGCCUUUGAAAGCUGGGUCACAUUGCUAUGAACUAAGUUUACUGUUCCUUCUUGGGACACUAGAAACCAAAUUGAACUGUUGCUUCCAGGGCCUCUGCAAAUAGUAAACUUAAGAGUAACCAAAACGGAAAGUAUUUUUUCUUUUGGAUUCCUUUAGAAGGAAUUUGAGUGGCCAGUCAGGGGUCAGGAAUUAGACCGUCUGUCCUAUGGGAAUAAAUAAGAAAUGGUAAGGGUCUACUCUUGGUGAAGAUGACGCCUGAGACGGUCUCCUCCUGGCCGUCUACACUAAACUUUCUCCUGUUUUAUAAAACAAAUAAACUAGUCUUUUUCCCCGCUGAA